UCACCACUGACAGCAGGCAUCCUCUCCCCACACACACCACGACGCAUCAUGUCUGACAGCAGCUCUUCCGACGAGGCGCCAGCGAGACGAAUUGAGAAGCCAUCGAAGCCGAAAGUCGAAUUCGAGGAUCCAGACGCGCAUCCUGGCAUCACCUUGGUAGACGGCCUGCGCAUAGUUUUCGGCCUGCUCCUCCUCAGCGGAUUGCUGAGCUAUUUCAUUACCGGCGACAGCGUAUUCUGGGGCUACAACGCAUGGUGGACCAAACCAAAGGCCCUCGUGGCCAAACUGCGCGGCCCUGUUGUCCUCACUGACGCACAGCUCUUGCACUAUAAUGGCGAAGACGAGUCUCUCCCGAUAUACCUCGCCCUCAAUGGCACAAUAUACGACGUAACCUCCAACCCGCGUAUAUACGGUCCAGGCGGCAUGUAUGCCGUCUUCUCAGGCAGAGACGCUGCCCGUGGCUUCGUCACAGGCUGUUUCGCCGAAGACAACCAUCCUGAUCUCCGAGGCGUAGAAUGGCAAUUCGUACCAAAAGACGUACCCACUUAUGAGGAGAAGAGUGAUGAGGAAUUGACAGGGCAAAUGAGAUUAUACCGAAAAGAGUCGAUUGAGAAAGGCUUUAAAGAGAUCAAGGGCACAAUUGAGCAUUGGCAGAAGGUCUUCAGAGGCGAAACGGGCAAAGAUUAUUUCGAAAUUGGAUAUAUUUCUGGACGUAAGCCGGAAUCUGGACCCGUGAAGCCAUUGUGCCAGAAUGCGGAGAAGAAGAGACCAAAGGAAGGACUGGAGAAGUGGAUACAGAAGAGGAGACUGGACAAAGCAAAGGCAGAGAAAGAAGAGAAGGGGAAAACCACGAAGGACGAGAUAUGAGAGGACUUGUCCAAAUUGGCUCUCGUGGACACCUACCUCUGGAUCCUCAGCAUUUGUCUGCCAGUUGUCAGCGACCCAUUCGGCCCUGCUGAGCUAGUGUCAGUGAUCGCAGAACACCGCGUGGAGAUGAUAACCUUGGACAGCAGAUCCAUACGACUCUUGUGGUCACCUUGUUUUGGAUCCUCAGUAUUAUCUGCCACAUUGUCAGCGAUUGCUCCGGCCCUGCUGAGCUGGUGUCAGUGAUCGCAAAAAGCACCGCGUGGAGGCGAUACUAUUGGACAAAAGCGACAUGCGACUCUUGUGAUCACCUUGUCCUGGAUCCUCAGUAUCAUCUGCUACAUUGUCAGCGGUUCCUCUGGCCGUGCUGAGCUAGUGCUAGUGAUCGCAAUAGACACCGCGUGAGGACGAUAACAUUGGACAAGAGCCCCGGACAAUACUCGUGGUUAUCCAUCUCUGGAUCUUCAGCAUUU